AUGGAUCCUGGGGGUACUGGCCCAUGGGAGGGCCAGGAUCCCGAUGGAUCCUGGGGGGGUGCUGGGACGCCGGGAGGACCAGGAUCCCAAUGGAUCCCAGGGGUUCAAGGCCCAUGGGAGGACCCGGAUCUCAAUGGAUCCCGGGGGAUACUGGACCCACGGGAGGGCCGGGGUCCUGAUGGAUCCCGGGGGAUACUGGACCCCGGGAGGACCAGGAUCCCGAUGGAUCCCGGGGG